AUUACUUCGUUCUAAAUCUCAAUCCUUUUGGGUUAAAGAAAAGGGCAAAUUUGACUUGGAGAUUUACUUUUGAUCAUUAUGUAGGUAUGCUCAAACUUACAUUUUGGAAUAUUUUAUUUUGUAUUCCAAAUUUAAUUUUAGUGAGUUUUAUUUUGAUUAUUUUGCUGUGUUGUUAUACAGUUCAUGUAUAUAAUCCACCAUGGUUUGAUUUAAUUCAAUUUAUGGUAUGUAAGAGUGCUAAAACAACAUCAUUAAUAUCAAUGGUGGGUGUUAAUGAUGAUAUUGAUAAUGAUGACAUAAUUUCGAAACUACCCGAUGAUCUCAUCCAUCACAUCCUAUCGUUUCUCCCAACUCGAGAUGUGAUUUUGACAUGCCUUCUUUCAAAGCGUUGGAAACUCAUAUGGUAUUCAGUCCCCGCACUCUUUUUUGCCAAUAAUAGUGAUGAUGAUAAUAUUGAUGAUCUUGAAAAGUUUUACAAUUAUGUCAACGAAUAUUUGAAACACCGCAAAAAAGGCAUGUAUUUUAUCGGCGAUUCAAGCAUAACUAGUUUUAAGUUUGAGAUGCAUCCUUCUUCUUAUAGAAGGAAAGAUGAACUCAUAGAUAAAUGGUUAGCUUUCGCGAUUGAGAAUAAUGUUAAGGAAAUACAUUUUAGUAUGUACAAUACCUUUUGGAUGAUUGGGGAUCUCUAUUACUUACCUAAAAUAAUUGACAAGGCAAAAUAUUUGACUAUUUUGGAGUUAAAGGAGGUAAAUUUGGAUGCUUCUUGUUCAUUUAGUUUUCCAUCAUUAAAAACUUUAUCAUUGAAUGAUGUUUGGAAUGGUUAUAAUGCAAAAGAUGACGGUCUAGCUAAAUUUUUGUUGGGUUGUCCUUCUCUUGAGAAAUUGCGGUUACAUGAUUAUGCUUUUUUAGAUAAAAAAUUUCAGUUUGUACAGAGUUCAAUCCUCAAGUUCAUGGAAUUUACUUUUGAAAUGCUUUCGUUUUCGUAUGCUUUACGAAUUGAAGUUGACGCCAUAAAUCUUGAAUCUUUGGUACUAAAUGGCGUUCCCUUGGACAGAAUAAAUCUCUCUUCUUGCAAGAAAAUUACAAGUCUUGCAUUAUUUGAUUGUUAUUGUAAGAAGAAUCACCCAUCAUCACUAGAAAUUCUCAUUUCAAAUCUUCCUCUACUUGAGAAUUUGACUCUAAGCUACUUCAAUCUAUUACAUUGGGAGUACAUUGAAUACCCGAGCCAACACAUGAGAAGUUCCUCUAGAAAACCCUAUGAUGAUGGAGUGAUGAAUGUUGUUACAAUUAAACCAACUUCAAAAUUAACAUACUUUUGUUACGAAGGUAAUAUCAAUUUUAGCAUAUCGGUGGAGUCAUCUAAUUCGUUGUAUGGAAAAAUUGUAAUCCAUGAUAGGCCGCAGAAAGACUAUGACACAAAUUGGUUUAUCGAUAUGAUAAAUUUUCUUGUGAAUCUCAAAUGUUCUUGGAAUAUGGUGACAUUGCAUGUUAGCACCUAUAAGGCUCUCAUCUGGCCAGAAAACUUGAAGAACAUAUGUCGUUAUCCCUUGUUGAAUUGGAAGCAUCUCGGAGUUAUUACUAAUUGUGAUCCUGAAAAAGAGAUAGAGUUGAAGGAUGCCUUAAUGUGGAUUUCACCUUCUUUAGAAUCGUUAUCUAUUAAUGAAAAAGUCCUUUUUUAGGUACUUUACAUUGCUGUAAGUAACUGCUCAUUUUGAAUAGGGAUAUGACUUUUAUUACCAUUCUUUGCUAAAUGGUACUUUAGUUCAUUUAUAAUUAAGAUUAUGUUUAGUAGCUUUGUACUAAUGACUUGACUACUUUGCAUACUAUUGCAAUUUUUACAACACCUUUCUAUGUCAUUAACUUGCUGAUAUAUAAAGUUUUUAAAUUUGCUGAAUUGAAACAAUCUAAGGAUUGCUCUAUUAAGUAGUUAGUUAGUUGCUUAGUUGUUCUUUGUAACAGAAUAUAGUUGUGAGCUUAGUCUAACUAACUCAUCUCUCUACUUGUAUAUAUAUGAGCUGAAGCUCUUCAAUUGAAUUCAAUGAAUCAGUUCUUUUUCAUUUCUCAAUAUUCAACAUGGCAUCAGAGUAAUUCUUUCGCUUCCGCCAUUGUUGUCGAUCUGUCUUCUCUCCUUUGUUUUCUCUUCUCAGCUUUGGCAUCUUCAUCAACUUCCACCUUCACUCUUGUUGUUUUCUCUUACAAAGUUUCAGUGAAUACUUGGAUACUCAUCAGAGGCCAUCGACUCGAGCAAUUCAUCUCGAAUACUCAUUAGCCUCCAAGAAAAUAUCUCACUAAAGAGGAUGAAGUUCGUCACCAGAACAAUCCUCAAUUCACAGACUGGGAAGUACAAGAUCAACUUUUGUACUCAUGGUUGUUGUCCUCCAU